AGUAUAAUGCUUACGUCUCUCGUAGAAGGCCCAAUAUAUAGGGCCUUCUGACAAAGCUUUGGGUAACACCCUGGUGUUUUAAUGCACCAGGAGUACAGUGUGCUUGAUUACAAAGAGAAAGUGGUUGAUGGUUUCUAUGAUGUGUAUGGGCCUUCCACAAAUUCAGCACUCCAAGGAAAAAUGCUAUCUCUUGCAGAUCUUGAGACAAAUCUUGGGAAUUAUGGCUUUGAAGUUGUGAUUGUCAAUCGAACAAUUGACCCUGUCUUAGAAGAAUUGAUGCAAAUUGCACAUUGUAUUGCAUUAGAUUGCCCGGUUAGUAACGUUAGUGUUUUAGUCCAAAAGCUUGCUGAAUUUGUUACAGGCCAUAUGGGUGGACCCGUUAAGGAUGCUAAUAUAAUGUUGGCAAGGGAUUUUUUGGUUGAUCUCAUGGCAGCUCCUGGGACACUUAUAGCUGCUGAUAUUUUCAGUGCAAAGGAUACCGCUUUGAAGUCAUAUAAUCCAUCACUAAGCAAAAUCCUGACUAUUCAGUUUUCUGAUGAUGUUGGAGGUGUUCACCCGAGAGCCAAAUUAAAUGGUCCAAGUGGUGACUCUGCUGUUGUCACUUCCAUAAUAUCUAACAAAAUGUCCCCUAAUCAGUUGGAUCAUCUUCCUUCUACUGUAAUCGGAGCUUCACUUUAUAAAGGAAGUCGUGGGACCAAUCCUACAGUUGACAGUGCAAGGAUGAACCUCAAUGUGGUUCCAUACAGUCAGAGUAGUAAGGAUGACUCGAAAAACCUUUUUGCAGAUCUUAAUCCUUUCCACAUAAAAGGGACAGAUAAAACUUACCUGCAGAACAAAUCUACCGAGAGCAAAGUUGAUGACCUUCAAAGACAAAAAAUGAAUAUUGUCACCCGUCGCCCCCCUGUCCCAUUACGGAACAAUCAGCCCACUUACAAUGAGAUCCCUAAGAAAAAGGAGUACAAUUAUGUGGAUGGUCUAUUUCCCAAAAUCAAUGGUGAGUCUUAUGAGUUCCAUCAAUCAGCAUCAGCUUCAACCAGCUCAACAAAAUCUGAGAAGGUCCAUCCUCAUGGUUUCAAGUUAUCGAGUGAUUCCAAUCUCCCCAAUAAUGAUUAUAAAUCUAGGGAUCGUUUGUCUGACAUGGGACAAUCUUUGACUUCUACUACUGGUCAGUUCAAUAAUGCACCAAUGGUUCAGGAUGUGAGCACUAACUUUAAUGAAGAAAAAUCCAAUGGAUGGCAGGAUGUGCAAAAUAACACUUUGGAUAUGGUUAAAGAUCAGGAAAGUAAUGAAGUCGGUUUACAUGAUCACAGAAAAGCCAAACCUGAUAGAUGUAUGGGGAAAAAUCUGAAAUUGAAGAAUCCUGAAAGUCCUAGGUCACCGGUUGAUUGCAUAACAGAGAAGGUUGAUCAACUCUUUGAUGAUGUAGAUGUGGGUGAUUUUGAAAUUGCAUGGGAAGACUUUGUUGGAGCUAUGGCAUGAAAGCUGAAAAAAAAAAAUGAAAUGAUGCUGCAACAUGACUGCACAGUAACAGCAAAUGACAGCAGCAUGGAGCUUCACAUGGGCUACAAGAAAUGGUAGUAGACUUCAUCAUUUUAGGAAGUUAAUAAUUAUUGUAUUAGGUA